CCGUGGAGCUCAGCGGUUUCGGAUCCCCACCAAUUUCACCGGUAGAUUUCCCCGCUGACGAGUUCCCAUCACUGUUCUUUCCGAACACAAACCAGGGGCAUAGUUUCUCCGUCGCUGCCCUGGAAAACCCACCAUCGACUGGGGAACGAUUCUUCACUUGAAUCAACAUCAUCAACACUUCCUGCUCCUCUUGUUCACCCCUCGUUGUCUCCCCACCGACUGGCCUGCUGUUGGAUCUCUUCUUAAACAUCGGGAUCAACAAAUCGGCUCCAUACUGGUUACGGGGGAAAAUACCUGCAGCUUGACGCCCCAGCAAAAACCAAAGCGUGUCCUCAUUCGGCUCGAGCCGCAACUGCACAUAGUGGGUGAACCCCACGUACCAACCCUCCCACUGCGAGCGCCACUCGUUGAUUUCUGGUCUCUUAUCUUCCGCGUUGUACAUCCCCUUACAAUAUAUCGGUCUCUCCUUGUUGCCUUGCAGCACGUCCAAGAAAUCCUGCACCGGUACAAAUUGCCCGAUCGUGUGGUAGCACUGGGAAAAGUCUUUGUCCCCCAUCACACACGUGUCCAUCGCCAGAAGCAGCAAAAUCCGAGCAACCAUCUCGCCAAUUUCGCCAACUCCACCGGUGUCCAAUGCUUCAUCCAAAAGGAGGUUCUUGAGUUGCGGCAGGAUAUACUUUGCCAAACCAUGUUUCAGUUCAUACCACACUUUCAUCGCUCCUAAGGCGAGCACUGGGUCCGAAGCGUAGCUGGUGACGUAACCUUCUCGCUUGAAAUUCACAUACGCGAGAAUCGCCAUGAAGUCGGCAGUCGCCCGAGAUGCCAGAGCCGACGUUGAAUGCGGGCGCACGCCCAGACGGCAAAGCAUGGAGGCGACACCAAGCAUGGUAUCCUUGUUGUACGCAUUUUGCGACAGUAGCAGCUUGUUCGCCGCAAGAUUGAUCACAUCUUCUCUAUCCGCAGGAUUGGGGCAAGUGCUGUACCACAUCGGACGCCCCAUGCGGCACAACGCGUGCCAAGCUUGACUCGCAUCCCCGGUAACGAUUCUCUUGUACAUAGCUAUCUGAGCACGUUCUUGCUGUUUCUUCUUCUCUUCGUCUUUUUCAGCUCCCACCGCAACCUGAGUUUCCUCUUCCAUUUCUUCAUCUUCUGCUCCCGCAUCUAGUAUUUCCUCUUUUAUUUCUUCAUCUACAUCUUGGAUGUCCUCUUUCAUUUCUUCAUCUUCGCCGGCUUGUUUUUCUUCACAGUAUUGAUCCCAGUGUGCGUCCAUUGUCUCAGCUAACACAACUGGCGCAAACGAUGCCAACUCUCCAUCGAAAAGCCGAGAUGAUGGGUCCAACAACAGCGGAGGCGCCAGGUCCGAGAUCCUGGAGUUCGUAUCAAUCAGCACGCCGAAAAUGCAUCCACGAUGGCCGAUAUCUUUGUUCACGGAUCUGAGAGCAUUUCGCAACAUUCGGAAGUCAUUCUUCUUGCCUCCCUUCUCAGCCAGCAGACUUCUCGCUUCAUCGAUCACCAGAACCACGAUUCUGCCAUUUGGAUUCUUCUCGGUGGAGGUAUCCCCCUCCAGCGUAUCUGUUUCAUCCGAAAGUUUCGCCUUUACAGAGGUGUCCGCUGCCUGUUCGGUAAACAGCUUCAGCCAUUCCUUCUGAACGUCCGCCCAAUGCUUGUUCGCGUAGACGUAAAUUGUCUUCAAUCGACUGGCGAUGUCUUCCACUUCGGAGCCUUCUUGAAACAGCCAACCACGAAGCUCGCUCGUAGCCUUGGGAAACCCCGUCGACUCGUGCACACGGGCACACAUGUACAGCACUUUCAUGUUCAAGGCGCUCUUUUGAGCCUCAAUCGCGAGUUCACGCACCAUCCGACUCUUGCCGAAGCCAGAACUCUGCACGACCGCCACACAUGGCGCCUUGUACUUUGUGGGGGUGUAGGCCUUCCAGCAGUCCCGCAGAUACUGUGCGAGGUCGAGGUGGGCUUCGCCGAGGUACCGGCCCUUGGUGAACGCCUCCGCGAUUCGCUUCAUUUCAUUUUCAUCCAACUUGGGCGUGCCGGAGCGGGCUUCAGGGACAAACUUUGCCAGGAGGUCUUUCACCGUCUUGGCCGCAAUAGUUUGUGCAAGAGGUUGAGACACGCGUGUAUGCCCGUAUGCUUUUCUGAUCUCCACCCGUAUCAAUCCAUGUAUCUGGUUCUGGGAGGCCUCGAGUUGGAGUGUGGCUUUGUUGGGAUAGUCUUCCAGCAUCCACGCAACGAAAAGAUUUUUCUUCGGCGAUGCGUCUGCUCCAAGCUUCCCGCUCAUCUGAGCAAAGACACUGUCGUCCACGAACGCGGCCAAAGCCUGGGGAUCCAACUGGCUGGACAUGUCCAUCUGCAGCAGCACAGCAGUACACAGUCAGCAAUGCGGCAGUAGGAUCAUGACGACGUUGGCAAGGGCGCGGGCAUGCCUGCUAGUUCGGGGGUGGCGCCACAGGACUUGAAGGGCAAAAGUGGAAAUGGCCGGUUGUUUUUUUGACUGAGUCAGUUAUGUACCAGAAGAUCGGUACAUACCGUGCGUAAAGAUACUGUAUCCAAUAUUCGUACUUAGAAGAACAUUACUACGUGUUGAAGCUGCUGCACCGCAGGCCGCGGGUCCUGGGGCUCGCCGGGCAUCUUCGCGCCCGAGCAGGUCGAGGCCUGGCGCCACGUCACCGAGGCCGUGCACGCCCAGGGCGGCAACAUGUUCCUGCAGUUGUGGCACACGGGCCGCGUCGGGCACCCGCUCAACCAGCCGGGCGGCGUCCUGCCCGUGUCGUCCAGCUCCAAGCUCGAGAACAUCCGCGCCGGCAAGAAGAUCGUCACGCGCGAAGGACGCAUGGAGCCCGUGCCGCCGCGCGCGCUCGAGACGAGCGAGAUCCCGGGCAUCGUGGCGGACCACCGCACGGCCGCGGAGAACGCCAUCAGCGCGGGCUUCGACGGCGUCGAGCUGCACGCCGCCAACGGCUACUUGCUGGAGCAGUUCCUGCACGACGGCAUCAACGACCGCUCCGACCAGUACGGCGGCAGCGUCGAGAACCGCGCGCGCUUCCUGUCCGAGGCACUGGAGGCCAUCCUCGAGAGUCUGGACUCGUCCAAGGUGGGCAUCCGACUGUCCCCGUUCGGCGGCAGCUUCGGCGACAAGGACUCGGACCCCGUCGCCACCUACACGUACGUGCUGAACAGGCUCAACAACUACGACCUGGCCUACGCGCACCUGAUCGAGCCGCGUGGCUACCACGUGCGUGACCCGCUGGCACCCGAGAAGGGCUCGGCGCGGCAGUUCCGCGAGACGUACAAGGGCGUGCUCCUCGCCGCGUCGGGCUUCGACCGGCAGUCGGCCGUGCAGAUCGUGGAGGAGGGCGCGGCCGACGCCGUGGCCAUCGGCCGCCACUUCAUCUCGAACCCGGACCUGGUGCGGCGCUUCCAACUCAACAAGCCCGUGAACGACUACGACACGGACACGUUCUACCUCGGCGACGCGCGCGGGUACACGGACUAUAAUACCCGUUCCUGCAGGACGAGUAGGUAGAGCAGUAAAGACGACGUAGACAGCAAAAGACGUGCUACUUCCGUAAGACUGCAAGGUGAAGCGUACUGGAGGUGGCUGCGUACUCUCAAGUAAAACAAAUUGUUGGUA